AUGGGUACUCUGAGAAAGUUUCGGGUUAAUGAGAUAGUACUGCUUGCAGAUGAAAUACUGCGGCGGGAUGAAUGGUCCCUGGCGAUCAUCAGAGAAUGCCUCCCGGACGAGGAUGGGCUCGUACGCACGGUUAAGGUGAGAACGGCAGCCGGCGAAACCCUGCGAGAUAUCCGCCGAAUCUGCAACCUGGAGGAAGAAGAAGCAGAAUCGACGGGGAACCCAAGCAGCGGAGGAAUACUCCGAGUUGGUGAAGGAGGCACUGUGAGUCAUGCAGAGCGGCUUGUGGUUAAUCUCCUGAGCCACACGUGA